AUGGAGAACCAGACUUCAAGCUCAGUCAUCUUACAGAUUGAAGGAUUAAAGGUCACCCCCCAGUCCUCUCUUGUGGCCUUCAUCCUCCUGCUCUUCAUCUAUGUCUUCAUCAUGGUGUCCAACAUCAGCCUGGUGGUCCUGAUCGUCAUGGAGAGGAGCCUCCACCAGCCCAUGUACCUGCUCUUCUGCAACAUGAGCAUCAACGACGUGUUUGGAAGCACGACUAUCGUCCCCCACCUCCUCAGUGACAUCUGGACUCCCACUUCAAAGCGCCAUAUUCACUACAUCAGCUGCGCUGUUCAGGCCUUCUGUGCCCACCUGCAUGCGAGUGUCGUCCACACGGUGCUCAUGAUCAUGGCCUACGACCGCUACAUGGCCGUCUGCAAUCCUCUCCAUUACUCCAUCAUCAUGACCAGCAGGAUGGUGGCGGGUCUGUCGGCGUGGGCCUGGCUGGUCUGUCUGAUCAUGGUGGCGAUCCUCAUAGGCCUCAGCGUCCGUCUAUCACGCUGCAGGAGGGUCAUACUUAACCCGUUCUGUGACAACGCCUCGUUGUUCAAGUUGUCCUGCGAGAGCAUCUUAGCCAACAACAUCUAUGGCCUGACGUACACGGUGGUGCUGCUGGGCUCCUCCCUCGGCAGCGUGGUCAUCACCUACCUGAGGAUCAUCGUGGUGAGUCUGAGCAGUCAGAGGAGGUCGCUGAACGGCCGGGCGUUGCAGACCUGCGUUACUCACCUGACCUUAUACAUCAUCAUGUUUGUGUCAGGUAGCAUCAUCAUCGUUCUGCACCGAUUUCCUGAUUUAUCAGACAACAGGAAGUUAGCCUCCAUCAUGUUCCACGUGGUCCCGCCUGCAAUGAACGUGAUCAUCUACGGACUUCAAAUCAAGGUCUUCAGACAAAAAAUUCUUACUGUGUUUACCAGGAAUGUAGUAGAUGUGAAGUGA